GGGGCAGGGACAGGGUGUGUGGUCAUGAAGUUGGAGGUGUUCGGCCCCCGCGCGGCCCACGGGGACAAGCCAGGUAGUGACUUGGAGGGUGCCGGCAGCAGCGACGCACCAUCUCCGCUGUCUGCAGCCGGCGACGAUUCCUUGGGCUCGGACGGGGACUGCGCGGCCAACAGCCCGGAGGCGGGCGGCAGCGCCGAGGAGCUGGCGGGCGGCGGCGAACGGAACGCAGGCUGCGGGCCGGGCGCUGAGGAGGAGGUCCCCGCAGCGGUGGCGGCGGGGCACGCGGAGGCCUGCGCAGCCGGGCCAGGUGCGGGGAGCGCGGGGGGCGGCGAGGGCGCGCGCAGCAAGCCGUACACGCGGCGGCCCAAGCCCCCGUACUCGUACAUCGCGCUCAUCGCCAUGGCUAUCCGCGACUCGGCUGGAGGGCGCCUGACGCUGGCCGAGAUCAACGAGUACCUCAUGGGCAAGUUCCCCUUCUUCCGCGGAAGCUACACGGGCUGGCGCAACUCCGUGCGCCACAACCUCUCACUUAACGACUGCUUCGUCAAGGUGCUGCGCGACCCCUCGCGGCCCUGGGGCAAGGACAACUACUGGAUGCUCAACCCCAACAGCGAGUACACCUUCGCCGACGGGGUCUUCCGCCGCCGCCGCAAGCGCCUCAGCCACCGGGCGGCAGCCCCCCAACCAGGGCUUCGGCCAGAGGAGGCCGCGGCCCACCCCGCCGCUGCGCCCCCUCCGCCCGCGCCCGCCGCCCCGACUUCUCCCCGUGAGCGCUCGCCCGCCCGCCACGAGGGGCGCGCCAGUCCUGCGGGCAAGUUUUCCAGUUCUUUCGCCAUAGACAGCAUCCUAAGCAAGCCCUUCCGCAGCCGCCGAGACGGGGACGCAGCCCCCGGGGCGCGGCUGCCAUGGGGCGCCGCACCCUGUCCGCCGCUCCCCACAUAUCCCGCGCUCCUCCCCGGAGCCUCCGGAGGGGCCCUGCUGCCGAUGUGCGCUUACAGUGCGGCGGAGCCCUUGCUGCUGAGCGCGCGCGGAGCCGACGCACCGCCGGCCGCGCCACCCGCAGUGCCUCACCUCUUGCUUGCGCCCCUCUCUGCCUCGGCCCCCGCCAAGCCGUUUCGUGGCCCCGCGGCUGGCGGCGGCGCGCACCUGUACUGCCCCCUGCGGCUGCCCGCGGCGCUGCAGGCGUCCUCAGCCGGUGGCCCCGGCCCGCACCUGCCUUACCCAGUGGAGACGCUUCUGGCCUGAGCUGCGCCGCGGAGCCCGGCAGCAGGGGUGGGCGCCAUCGGGCAGGCAGGGAACACAGGCUUGGGGUUUUUGCAUUUUCCAGCCAGACCAAAAAAAAAAAAAAAAAAAAAAGACUUUAAAAGAAAAAUUUCCAUCAAAUGUGCCUUAAAGCUAAAGCAUUUUUGACAGAAGUGUUUUAAUUUAGUUCAGAAUGUUUUCUUUCUUUUGUGACUUUACAGAGAACUAAACCAAUUCUUCAUAAUUGUUUUAGUUUACUGACCAAGCCUGUCCCUCCUUCACUUCACAAAGACUUUGUCUAUUUUCUUACUGCCCAGGCUCUCCCUUAUUCCUAUUUUUGUAGCACCUUCCAUUGAUUUUUCCCUUAAAACACACACACACACACACACACACACACACACACACACACACACAAUCAGGGAACCAUUUCAUAUGAUAAAUGAUAUGACUACUGUUUGGGGUUUAUUGGGGCCCCGCUCUAUGUAAGUAUGUGGCAUUUACAGGCAUGACUGAGUGUGAGAGAGGUGUCAGAGAAUCUUCAGUCAUUUCUCUGCUAUUGACCAAUGCUUCACUGUGCCAAAAGAUAAAAAAAAAAAAAAAAAAAAAGGCUGGGUUUUGUAAUUAAAUUAUUUAUAUAUUUUUGAAACCUGAAUUGAAAAUGUUGCAGGCAACGGGCUACAGCUUUAUUAGUGGUUCGGUGGUCUCUAACUGUGGUCUCCUUGGGCCAAGCAAUUUCUGUAAAGGAAAAUUUAACAUUACCUAUGUGGGGUGCCAGGACCACUGCCACAUGAAAGCGAGUGUGAUUUUUAUUUUUAAUAUUAUUUUAUUUGUGUCUGUACAUAUUCAUGUAUAAAUUUUAUGAAACCCAGGCAUAGUGCUUAUUUUUAAUAAAACUCACAACUGACUUUA